CGCAACCUUGUUGGAUUAGCAUCGCUGACUGUGGAUAUCUGCCAAAGGUUGCUCGGUUACUGACUGACAAAUGUCACGCCAGGCACGCUGUACCCUGUGCGAUGUCGUACAUGACUUCGUAUUAUCCUGGAAGUAAAAGUUACAGUUCCAAAAAGAACACUUCUUAUAAUACACCUCUCAAGUACGGAGGAGGGACAAGUCUUGGGUCUUCCGUUUAUGGCAUCACCUGGAACAAAUAUUCUAGCAGACCCACUAGCAGAUCUACUUCCUAUGAUUAUAAAUAUCCCACGAACAAUUAUGGGAGGACCAGUUCUGGGUACUCCACAGAAUUAUCGAAUUAUAGAAAUUCCAGCUGCAAAUCCUACGGUGCUUAUUCCAGGUUGAGAGAUGAUCGCCCUCGCGUUGAAUCUACUAGAACCUCUGGUUCUAGAAUAUCUUCUAGUUCUUCCUCAUCUUGGACAUCUUACGCCAAGUUGAUCGGAAGUCAUGCAAGAUCAAACGAUGCAAGAUACGCAAAGCAGUACUCGAGCAAUAAUCAUGAAAGGGGAAGAAGAACGAACGAAUCCGAAAAAGGUAAAGAAGAGAAAUCGAAUCCGAAUGAAUUUGUUCAAAAUAAAAGGGAGAAAAACGAAGAUUCUAACGUAAUUAUGAUUUCUCGCGCCACAUCACCCACGCAGGAGGAUCAGUUGUCCUCUUACCACCGGGAAUCCAAGCAACACAAAAGAAAAAUGGCGGUAGCUAAGAUAUCCAUUGGCGUUCAGGUAAAGGAAGAAGAUUUCUGCAAAGCUCCCGCUGAAAACUUUGAAGAAAAAGUCGAAAAUAAAGAUUUUCGUAAAUCCAAAUUGAACAUGAAAAAUGAAGAACGAGAGGCAAAGAGCAAAGUGGACCGCGCAACCCCCGAAUCCACGAAGUUUUCAGCAGAGGAGAUAGAGAAAAGAAAAGUUAAGGAAGAAGUUCAAUCUUCCAGUAAAGAUCUUCAGCCCGAUUCGUACGAAUCGGAUUUCAGCAUGGAUGAAGUCUUCUGGAAUUCCGGAUGCGGAUCGCUCAGAGAUUCCGGAUAUUCGGAAGCAACAGCAAAAAGCGACAGUCCUCCUAUAGGCAAGAAGACUUUCACUUGUGACUACGAUGAUAUUGACGCUUUUCUGCGAGACAGCGAUGAAGAAGGCCCCAAGACAUUCGAAGAAUUCGAAAACAAGUUCUGUAACGAAAAAGUCAGGAUGGUUCCUAAAAGGAUCGUGGUGUCAUCCGCCUUCUUCAUCGGGUCAUACAGAGAUAUCGAUGAUAUUCUGGGGCAUCUUUAUAUCAAUCCCAACUCUCAGUCCAUUGAUUACGAUAGUGACAGUUGUAAUUGGCAGGAGGAACCAGACUGUUCUUCCGAAAGCACUUGUCAUCCUCAGCCAGCUGAUACGUGGAAAGCAGAUUAUAGUCUAGUUAAGCUUCGACAGUAUCGUCGCAAGAAUGAUUUAAGCGGGAAGAAUCGAAAAACAAAGUUGGACGACUCCUGCCUUCAACUGUACAAGUACAGCGGAACGGAAGGAGACUAUGGGAAUUACUUGGAUUUGGAAUCGACCAUCGACGAGCAAUCCGAAGAAUUCGAAGGUUUUCAAGAAAACCGAAAGAACGCCAUUAUCCUACGUACUCAGCUGUCCGUUCGUGUCCACGCCAUCAUAGAAAAACUUGUAAACUCUACGGGAAGAGAGUUGAGAAGAGCAUUAUUUUCCCUAAAGCAGAUCUUUCAGGAUGAUAAGGAUUUGGUUCACGAAUUCGUACAAAAUGACGGACUGGCCUGUCUCAUCAAAGUGGGCUCCGAAGCCGAUCAGAACUAUCAGAAUUACAUUUUACGAGCCUUGGGACAGGUAAUGCUCUACGUUGAUGGAAUGAAUGGCGUAAUUGAAUGCAACGAAACGAUCCAAUGGCUUUACUCCUUGAUAUCGUCUAAGUAUCGUUUAGUGGUUAAAACUGCACUAAAAUUACUAUUAGUAUUUGUGGAAUAUACAGAGUCUAACAGCAUUUUAUUAAUGAAUGCUGUCAAUGUCAUUGAUGCAGAACGAGGAAUGCUUCCAUGGUCAAUCAUAAUGAAUCUCCUCAAUGAAAAAGACUCUGCCGAUACCGAGUUAUUGAUUUAUGCUAUCACUCUUAUCAAUAAGACAUUAAAUGGCAUUCCUGAUCAAGAUACUUAUUACGAUAUUGUCGACUGUCUAGAAGAACAAGGAAUGGAGAGAAUAAUUAAAUUUUAUAUGAAUAAACAGGGAACGGAUCUCGAUCUUCUGCAACAGUUUCAAAUAUAUGAGGCAGUUCUUAAACAUGAAGAUGGCGAUAAUGAUGGAAAACCUCUACCAGUCGACAUGAGAGUAAGGCAAGUUCCUCGUAGCAGAAAAUCUCAUCCGGAUAACGACAGACGUAAAAGCAGGCGCCAUUCUUUGGGAACUCUGUCAUCUCCGUUACAGUCCAAGUCUCACGGACCGACUUUAGAAAAUACUCCAGAAGAAGCGAAUCAUUGGUUAAACAAUAAUCAUCAUAACGAAUCUCCGAAGAUUAUCGAUUCAAAUAAAAUGGUUAAUGGAACGGAACCACAACAGCCAACUGUUAAUGGCAUAACACCGGCACUGAGAAGGCGUAGAGAAAGAGAUGCACGUAACAGAUCUCUAAUUAAAGAACAAGAAGAAACUGGAAGAGAAGCCGUAUAUCACAGGACGAAUAGUGUAUCUUCUACAGGCAGCGUCGAUUCGACUAGUAGCGUCGAAGAUAAACCAGUUUUUGUUAAUGAAAAAAAAUUUCCUUCAUUAGUACAAAGGCAAAGAUCUCAGUUCGAGAGUCGAAUAGAAGAUGAAAACAGAAAGAAUCAAGAACUGUCGAGGUUAAAAGACGAUCAAAAGUCAGACAAAUCGGCGAUUCCUUUAAUGAAACAAGGCAGCAGAUCUGACAUGGGUCAAACUCGUCACGGUCCGGUACCCUACACUCGUAGUGACACUAAUAAAAAAUCGUGGGUUUUGUCCAUGAUGUACGGAAAGAGCAUCGACGACGAAAAUAAGGAAGCAUUUGUAAAAUACUCUCCUUCGCCUCAGACUGCCGUCACUCCUACAGACAACAAAGCCACACAUUUAAGGCAAAAAGAAGAGGAUUCAAUCACUCUACAGUUAAGAAAGGAAGGAAGUGUUCGUGAUAUGCAAGAGAAAUUUUCAAACAAACAGGAUUGUAAUUUGAGGUCUCCAACUACAGAGAAUCGUUCAAUUAUCAACAACUCUAGUGGAAUCAUUAAUCGUGCCAAAGAGUGUCUUGCUGCAAGUACGCGAUCUGAACAAAAGCCAUUGGUUUCUUCUGCCGGUCUCAGUUCCACAUCGGAAUUAAAAAAACCCGAAAAUGAUUUACAGUGGGAACAGCUCAUGAAAACAAUCAAUCGUCCUUUGAUAAUUAACGAUUUAGAUUUUACAGAUCUUAAAGACGAUGAUGAUGAAAAUUUUCUCAAUCCACCUGUAAUCUGUAAUGGUGGCCCUCCUCCUCCUCCGCCACUUCUAGGUGCGGGGCCACCUCCUCCUCCAUUACCACCUGGAAUCGGGAUCGGUCCCCCUCCACCUCCACCGCCGGGAGGAUCCAUACCAAGAUUUGGUGCACCGCCGCCUCCUCCUCCCUCAUUUUUUAAUAAUGGGCCGCAGAACGCUACUCCCGUUCCUCCAUGGUGCAGAAGGAAUCAGGUGGAAUCCCAACAAAUGAGCCAACCUAAAACGAUACAGAAAACCAAAAAAACCGUUAAAUUAUUUUGGAGGGAGGUGAAAGAAGAUCCAAAUUUGUUAAAAAGAGCAGGUAAACACAAGACGAUAUGGGACGAACUUAAACCUGUUCAAGUAGACACUCAAAAACUAGAACAUUUGUUCGAAAAUAGGGCCAAAGAUAUUAUGAAUAAGAAAGUUCAAGAAGGAGGGAAAAAGAAUGAAAUAAUCGUGCUGGAUGCGAAAAGAUCGAACGCCAUUAACAUCGGGAUGACUAAACUCCCGCCUCCGAGGACGAUCAAAACUGCAAUAUUAAAAAUGGACAGUACCAUUAUGAACAGGGAAGGGAUCGAGAAAAUUUUGACGACUAUGAUGCCGUCGGAAGACGAGAAAACGAAGAUAACGGAAGCCCAAAUGGCAAAUCCCGAAGUGUCCUUGGGUUCGGCGGAACAGUUCCUAUUAACAUUGUCAUCAAUCAGUGAAUUAGAAGCCAGACUUCGUCUCUGGGCAUUUAGAUUAGAUUAUGAAACAGUAGAAAAAGAAGUUGCCGAUCCGUUAAUGGACUUGAAACAGGCCAUUCGGGAAUUAGAAUCAAAUGAGACAUUUCGGGUUAUUCUGUCAGUUUUAAGAUCAAUAGGAAAUUUUCUAAAUGGAGUCGAGGUGAAAGGUUUUCAAAUCGAUUACUUGGCAAAAGUGCCAGAAGUUAAAGAUACAGUUCACAAACAUUCACUUCUGCAUCAUCUCUGCCACAUAGUUAUGGAAAAAUAUCCAAAAUCCAGUGAUUUGUAUUCUGAAAUUGGAUCCGUUACUAGAUCGUCAAAGGUCGAUUACGACGAAGUCACUCGUAAUUUAACCAAGAUGGAAAACGAAUGCAAAGCGUCGUGGGACUAUCUUAAAGUUAUUGCCAAACACGACGGAUCGACUUCUAUGAAAGUCAGAAUGUCAGAAUUUUUAGCAGACUGUGCAGAAAGAAUUAUUGUACUUAGUGUUAUACAUAGAAGAAUAGUAAAUAGAUUUCAGAAAUUCUUAGUAUUUUUGGGUUGCCCGUCUCAUAUUAUUCAGGACAUGAAAGUUCAGCAGAUAUGCAAGACCAUCAGUGAAUUUGCACUGGAAUAUAGAACAACCAGAGAAAGAGUUUUGCAACAGUUAGAGAAAAAAGCCAAUCACAGAGAAAGAAAUAAAACGAGAGGAAAAAUGAUCACCGAUACUGAAAGAUUUCGAACCAAGGAACAGCAGGCGGAUCAUGAAUUACGACAGCUGCUGGGAAAUGGCAACAUGGAUGGAGAGGAUCAGAAAUUCCAAAAAUGGGGAACUGUGCCGGGCAUCAGGGGUCGUCCUAAAGUGUCGCCAGCAGGUUCAGGCGGCAGUCUGGGACGCAAUUCCAUUCCGACCAAAGACGAGAAUCUGACGGAUGGAGAUGACGAAAUUUUAGAAACUUUGGUCAAAACAGCCACCGCUCCCUCCGCCAGGAACGAACCUCGAAGUAGGAAGAAGGCGCGCUACGGAGACAGGAAGUCAUUGCGAAGGACUCUAAAGAACGGAUUAGAUCUGUCAGAGGAGGAGCGAAGGAUGUUAACCGCCCUUUCCACUUAACAGCUAAUUGGAAACAAUUUUUAAAAAAACAAAAGAUACUCUUUCUCUCGGAUAGAGGAGAAAGUUUUGUUGGUGUGUGAUAAUUUUUCAUUGUGGAGAUCAGCGAGUUUUUGAUUUGGCAUCUCCAGAAAAAAACCAGACUUUGUUUUUUUGGGAUUAGAAUCUCCAGAAUUCUGUGAUCGGUCCAUCGUCGACGAUAGACGUUCGCGAGUGUCGCCCGUGGCCCAUAUACAGCUUUGAUAGGGGAAACAGAUAUAGUGGGAAAGGACCUUCUUGAGACCCAUUUUUAACGCAAGAUACUUAUAAGGUGAGAUGUUUCUGUUGAAACGUUUUUUUAUCAACCAUGUGCCGAUGUAGGUAUUUUUAUAUUUUUUAAAGAUACUACAAUUAUCCUAUUGUAUCUGUUUCCUUCAUUUUUUUUUUGUUUAGCUUGCAAAUUUUUAGCGUUUGCAAGCAACGUCUCUUCGAGAAUAAAAUAAAUAUUUGUUGAUUC